ACUGCAGCUUCUAUGGAAAGGGUCCUGGUGACAUCACAUCCUCCACAAAGAGCAGCACAGCCUACCCAAGUCAAGCAAGAGAGAUCAUCUCUGCUCCACUGCACCAAGGAGAUGAUGACCGGGGCUCCUGCAUUGCUCCUGCUGCUCACAUUGGGGCUCUGCUGCCCUGGGAUCCGUGGCCAGAAGUAUACGGUGAAGAUCCACAGCACCAAGCAGCCCCGGAUGGGAGAGCGACUGAUGCUGCAGUGUGAGAGCAACAACAUGCUCAGUGGCGUAUUCUGGGUCCACCAGGACAAGGCUGGGACCCUUCGCUUCAUUGUCUUCAUCUCUUCCCUUUCCCGGACCAUCUUUGGAGGGAAUAGCAUGAGGACAUCCCAACACUAUCAGGCGGGGAAGGACGGAAGGUUCUCCUGGUUGGCAGUGAACUCUUUCACACCACAGGACCAGGGAACCUAUUUCUGCCUCAUGAACGUCAACCAAGUCCUGUACUUCAGCCCUGGCCAGCCCGUCUUCCUCCCAGUCACCACCACAGUGGCACCCAAAACCACCCCAGCACCCACCACCGCAGCACCCAACAUCACCGAAAGGGACCCCUGCCCAAGGAUCCCGGAUUCAGAGACCAGCAAGGAGAAAGGGCUGGAUUUGCUAUGUGACAUCUUCAUCUGGGUUCCCAUGACAGCCGCCUGCUUCCUGCUCCUGCUCGCCCUGGCCGUCACCAUCAUGCUGUGCCAACAAACCAGGAGACGAAGAUGCAGAUGUAAAAGGGCGAUGUUUGCACUCUUCACUUACAUCAAUCCCUAUAACCAGCCCUGUGCAAAGAUGUUUGCUCCUAAGGGGGAAAACCACUCUGCAGAGCUCCGUGUCGCACCAAUGGGGCAGUUGGGUUCCAAGUGCCUCAGGAAAUCCUCUCAUCAAGGCCAGCUCUGCUCCAGCAGCACUAAAGUGACACAGUUCUGGUUUAAGCAAUUGCGGCAGAUUUAA